AUGCCCGGCUCGAAACGACGCGCCCUCAAAAAACUCCUCUCCCCCCAAUCCCCCCAGCCCACAGAACCCCACUCGGCUCCCCACACCCUCUCCCCCCCGCCCGACAUCCCUCCCUCUAUCGACAGCACCGCCCUCGCAGAAGCAUCUGCUGCCGGCAUCACCCCCGCCCAGGUGAAUGAAGAUGCCGUCCUAGAACAGAUGCAGCAGCGCGAACACGUCAUUGGUCAUACCUCUGCCCCGGAGGGCGGACUGUCGGCGAGUGCGCCUGCUGCGGUGCAGGGAGGAGCUUUGGAAAGUGCUGCGCCUGGAGGUGGGUUGUACGGGGAUGGAGGGGGGAUGUACGCGAAUGGACUUGCCCAGGGGGGAGGACGAGGUGGCAAGAAGAAGAGCAGCAGGCAGAAGUUUGAAGAACGUCAAGCGCGCAAGCAGCAAGAAAUGCUCGACUCUGCCCCUCCCGACAACCCCGACUGGACUGCCCAGCUCGAUAGGGAGCGUCAAGAAGAGAUUAAAGUCAUCGGCGACGCCUGCCUCGCCCUCGGCCGUAUCGCGCCGGACGGCCACUGUAUGUACGCCGCCAUAGGCGACCAACUCGCCCUCCUCGCCCUCCUCCCCCCCUCCGACGGCGCCGACCCCAAGGUCAUCCGCGCCCACGCCGCCAAAUACAUGCUCGACCACCCCGACGACUUUAUGCCCUUCUUGCCGUCCAUCACCGGGGAAGACAGUACGGGUGCGACGGAUGAUGGGGUGUUGACGCCGGAGGGGUAUCGGAAGUAUUGCUCGAUGGUGGCGAAUACUGGAGAGUGGGGCGGUGAGCCCGAGUUGCAAGCUCUCUCUCGCGCCUUUUCUGUCCCCAUCCACGUCAUCCAACGCGGUCCCCCCACCGUCGUAUCCCACGGCGGUGCCGAAGAUACGUUCGGCGGAGCCAGUACCGCGGAGCAGAGCAAUGCCGCGGGAGAAAGAGUCGUCAGGAUCAGUUAUCACAAACGGAUGUAUGGUUUGGGAGAGCAUUAUAACAGUUUGAGGUUGACGGGAGGCUAG